CGCCAUGAACAGCCACGUGCCCGGUGGCGGCGAGGUGGUGGGCCCGAUGGUGGGCCAGCCGUUCACCGCGGGCCCGCCGAUGCCCGCCGCGCUCAGACAGUCGGCGGCCAACAUCAACAACAACAUCGGAGAGGGUGGCGUCCAGGUCAAGCAGGAGUCGAACCUGAUGGAGGGCGUGUGCGCCCAGUGCGGCCGCACGAUCAGCGAUCGCUACGUGAUGCGCGUCAACGAGCGCGACUACCACGAGGCAUGUCUGGCCUGCUGCGAGUGCUCGGCGCCGCUCAGCCACUCGUGCUACACGCGCGACUGCAAGCUCUACUGCCGGCUGGAUUACGAGCGCGUCUUCGGCGCCAAGUGCGGCCGCUGCCAGCAGAAGCUCGACUGCAACGAUCUCGUGCAGCGGGUGCCGGCCAUAGUGUCGCCUCUUCAGCAGCAACAGCAGACGAACAACAAUCCCGAGCCUCCGAGUUCCGGAGGUGGUGCUUGCAAGCCCGGCGUCGGCGGCGGGGCCGUCUUUCACGUGGACUGCUUCGUGUGCUGCAUAUGCGGCGAGCCGCUGCUGCGGGGCGCGCCCUACAUACUCAGGCACGGCCAGCCGCUGUGCAAGCGCGAGUUUCCCAGCGACAUUUACAGCCUCAACAGUCCGCAAGACGACGACCUGAUGGACGACAGCAGGCCGCGCGACGGCCGACGCGGCCCGAAACGGCCGCGCACCAUACUGACGUCGGUGCAGCGGCGCCAGUUCAAGGCGUCGUUCGAGGUGUCGCCCAAGCCCUGCCGCAAGGUGCGCGAGGCCCUGGCCAAGGACACGGGCCUGAGCGUGCGAGUCGUCCAGGUCUGGUUUCAGAAUCAGCGCGCCAAGGUGAAGAAGAUGCAGCGCAAGGCCAAGACCGAGGCCAGCUCCGACAAGGAGCCCAAGGAGGAGAGAAACAAGACCGAGAGCCCGCACAGCGAUCACAGCCAUUAUCUGAACGCGCUGAGCAUGAGGGACGGUGAAUCGUCGAGCUUCCCGUCGUCGACGCAGCCGCUCAAUCCCAACAAUCCCUAUUCGCCCGAUGACGUUUAUCCGGGCCACUCGGGCGACAGCUUCUGCAGCAGCGACGUGUCGCUCGACGGCACCGAGCCGGGCUUCGAGAUGUGCGAGAACGAGAGCGGCGGCGGCCCGGACGGCAGUCACCAGAGCGGCGGCGGCGGCGGACACUCGCAUCACGGCCAAGCCUCCGGGCCCGGGGGCGGUCAGAUCGGCAUCGGUGGUGGCCACCAGGGCUCCGGCGGCCACGCGGGAGAGAUGCCCUCGCUCGCCCAGAGCCUACACUCGACCAUGCACAAUCCCAUCGACAAGCUGUUCAUGAUGCAGAACAGCUACUUCAGCAGCGCCGAUCAUUCUUAAAAGAUUUCUUAUAAUUACAUGGCAUAUAUCAUUCGACGAUACCAAAAAUUGUUAUCUAGUCAUUUAAAAGAAAGAGAGAGAAGACGAUUAUUGUCUUCUUCUGCUUUUUUUUUGUUAUCGAAUUUCAACUCAGUGGUAGGGCGAGUCUAAUUUUUAUUUGUGAUCUAGUCGUUAAUUCCUAUUGUACGAUAAUUAUUUCCUUUUACAAUGAUAGUAAUGCUCUUGUACUCUUUUCUAAGUAAAUUAAUUCUAUGUGAGCCCAAAGGAUUUCGACGCAACUGUUAUAGAAAUAGGUAAUAAAAAAUAAAAUGAAAAAACGAAUAGGUGGAAAAAAAAUUGUUAAUUACUGAAGUAAAUACCCUAAUUGUGUAUACUGUACAAAUAAGCAGUGAGUCCAUCGAAUCCUUCGGAUCAAUGUGUAAAAAAAAAGUCAAUGAAAGUGUUUUAAAUUAAGCUUUAUAUGAAAACUUAUCGAUCGCAUAUAUUGAUAAAGUAAUACGAAAAAUUAUUCAUCAAUUUGUUUUAUCCGCAACGAAAAUAAUGUACUUGAUGGAUGCAACACGUCGUAUUUUCGAUAAUAAGUAUCAUCUUUCAAUGUCAUUAAGUGUACGCAGAUCGAAGUAUUCAUUUUAAGAAACCGAUAAACAUACGAAUUUCAACACUAUUGCCUUGGCUCAGAAAAUUGCAAGCAAAUUAGCAUACGUAAAUAAAUAAAUCACAAAAACUACGCUAAUAUUCAUGAUACACUGCACAAUGUAAAAUAUUGCAUCGGAUAUUAAUGUUUAAUUUAAAGAAUACUUCUUUUACAGCUAUACUUAUGCUCUACGAUAAUCUGAUAAGAA